GAAAUAAUGAAUGAGAGAAGAGAUGAAACCACUAUUCCAGUUGCUAUGGAGUAUGACAAGAAGAAGGAUGAGAUAGAGAAAAAAUUGAAUUCGUACAAUUGAUAAACUAAUAAAGAUUAUUUGAAGCUGAUAAGGCUGCUGAGGAGUAAUUGUAUUAAGUGUAAUAAAUCCUUGCUAUUUAAGGAGCAGUGUUAGAAACUGCUUCAGAAUCCUCAUUAAGAAUCCUUGCCAUCUAAUAUUUUAUUACAAGUCUUUUAACAAUGUUUAUUUUGUAAUUAAAUCGUUUUGGAUGGAUUUUAACUUGGCUUCCUUUUUUGGAAUAAUUUGUUGGAACUAUUUACAUUAUCACACUAUUACUUUCUGAGUUUUGUCCGAGUGCAGUCUCAAAAGUAAAUUAAUUGAUAUUUCUAGUUACCCUAUAACUUUUUGAUUUUUAUUUGUCAUUCUUGUUCCAAAAUUUUACUCCUUGUUUUUAUUUCACUAUGGUAUUUAGAGUAUAAAUGCGAAUUAAUCACUCUAGCUCUAGGGAUUUCAAUAUUAUACUUGAUAUAUUUAAUCAAAAGUUCUGUAGGUAUAUUAAUCAUGAAAUUUAAGCCGAGAAGCAAUAUUAAGGAAUGAAAGUCAAAAAAUAAUUCUGUAAUAUUUUUGUUAUGGUGGCUUUUAUGUCUGGCGUCUUAUGCUUGUUAACUAGAUCACAUCUAAUAAUCGUAGCCGUUUUAGCAUGCUUUGGUCUAAUUUAUAUCUGCUUUUUAUAAUUAGCCCUUUAGAGAUUUGAAUAGAUGGAAUUUAUUUUCGAGAAUUCAAAUGACAUUUAUUUGGGACCUGCAAUAUUGGAUGCAGAUUUACUAUUCUUUUGCAAAUUAUGCUUUUUCCAUUGUUUUAGUAAGAAAGAUAAUUCAAAUCGUAAAAAAAAAGAAGAACAAUCAGAAAACGAUGAUUGAGAAUGAAAUUUAUCAUUAAU